AUUAGUUAUUUCGGUAUUUCGCCGCGUUUUAUGGGACAUAGAUUACCCUUUGCCCUGAGCCCCAAUUCCAAGUAUAGUUUUACGGGUAGGAAAGACGGGGAGCUCCCGGCACCAAAGCGGUACAAAAGAAGGCUAGCAUCGGAAGAGAUUGCUCCAGGCAAACCGAAACUGACUCCCUCUCUAGGCUUCCCUACUCUAGCUGCGUCCCCUCCUCCCUGGUAUGUAUGCAUACAUGCAUGUGUGCCCGUAUAAAUGUACUGAAUAGCAUUUAUCUGUAUAAAGAGCUCAAACGUUGCAUAGUUCUAGGAGCAUUUGAUAAAAAAAUUGGUAAAAAUUACCGGAAACAGGAACAUUCAGAUGAGAAAGAACUUGGACUGGAGCCUAGACUCCAUGAUACUCCUGAAGACAUUUUCCUUGAGGCAGCAGCAAAUACCAUUGACUUUCACCCCUCCCGGGACAUCAUAGCUAUUGGAGAUGUUGAUGGUGAUGUCUAUGUGGCUUUUCACAGUAUCCAAGGAUAAAUCUAUUCAUAUCCUGAAUGUGGAGGAAGGCCGUCUUGUGACACGAUUCUCCAAGGCUCACAACUCAGCUUUGAACAGCCUAUUGGUGAUAGAUGAGCAUUUGUUCGCCACAGGAGAUGACAGUGGAAUGUUGAAAUUAUGGGACCUGCGCAAGGGCACAUCCAUCAUGGAAAUGAAGCAGCAUGAAGACUACAUCAGUGAUAUGAUCCUAGAUAGAAACAAGAAGCUGCUUCUCACAACCAGUGGAGAUGGAACAAUGGGAGUCUUCAACAUUAGGAGAAGGCGCUUUGAGCUGCUCUCAGAACCUCAGAAUGGAGACUUAAUGGCUAUAUCUCUGAUGAAACUCUGCAGCAGCGGUGGUGGUGAAUCACCUGGCCAGGGCAUUGCUGCUGGUAGCAGCAGGUGCACGGGAGGCAAAGAGAAGGAGGUGGGCUGGCAGCAGGAACCUCCGAGGCUCAGCCCCAGGGCAUUUGUGCUAGAUGCAAUGGCAUUGGCACUGCAGCACUGUCCCACGGCCCUCACAAUCCAUCCAUCUUGUGCCACAGAGGGAACCUUCCCGGCAUUGGUGAUGGCCAAUUACUGGCAGUGA